AUGUCGUCGCCACCGUCAAUCUCAUCCACCAGCACCCCUCUGACCAGUCGAACUCGGCUGAGGCGGGGCCUCAGUCUUCUGGCAGUGCUGCCCAUAGUCAUCCUGCCCACUCGGGUCCAGGAGCAGCUGCCCCAAUCGGUGGAAAGAGUCCCGUCGAGGACCGCAACGAAAUUCAUCAGCAGUACCGUGGAGGAACUUCCACAUGACUUUGAAACUAUGGAUAUUGACCACCAGCUCCGAUUGCUUGCUAUGAAAGAGAUGGAACUUGUUGAGCUUAAAGAUCGACGUCGUGAUCUAGAUCAACUGAUAUCAACCAACGAGGCUCAACUACAUCGAUUACGGGUGGUUAUACAAAGAAGCUUAUACAGUCAAAUGAGCACCCCCACUCAAGCACCACAAUCUACUCCCACUCCCUCGCGCAAUGGCAGCUUGAAGCGCACAUCGAGACGUUCACCACCUGCAUCGACGAAUCGUCCUAGAACCAACUCUAACCCACGCGAUGAAGCAAUCAUGGCAACACGGAGACGUCUGGGAGGUGUUGACGAGCGGUGGUCGCUGUUUUUUGAUGACCCAUUGCGACACCGACCCGAAGAGCUUGUGGCUCAAGUAUCGUCUUCACUUUGGUCUUUUGUCAGUGAUAUGAAGCAAGGUAUGCUUUCUAGACUUGAUGAGGAAACCACUGUCGUCAAUAACUCCGAUGACGACGACGACGAAAAUAGUGAAGAAGGUGACAUUCAGGUGGACUUGAGCAUGUAUCAAGCUAUCCGACGUAAACAAGAAUCAGAUCAUCAUCCUUAUGUUGCUUAUUGA